GGUGACUGCGCAGUCUCAACCGUCGGAGUGAACGUUAUAGCAACAGAAAAGCCCAUCACCAGACACAACGGGACGCUGCCGCACUCCAGCUUUCAACGAAAAACAGCAGCAAUUUACCCAAAGUAAAAAGUAAAAAUAUUUCUGUAAGGUGAUCCACCACAGCCUGAUUUGAACAGUUCACACCAAACGCACAACCAGCGCAGGAGGAUGGCGGUGAAUGUCUACUCCACCUCUAUGACCAUAGAGAACCUGAGUCGUCAUGACAUGUUAGCGUGGGUCAACGACUCUCUGCAGCUCACACACACAAAGAUCGAGCAGCUCUGUUCGGGUGCUGCUUAUUGUCAGUUCAUGGACAUGCUGUUUCCAGGGUGCUUAUUAUUGAAGAAAGUCAAGUUCAAUGCCAAACUGGAGCAUGAAUACAUCCACAACUUCAAGGUCUUACAGGCUUCAUUCAAGAGAAUGAAUGUGGACAAGAUCAUCCCCGUGGAGCGGCUGGUGAAGGGGAAGUUCCAAGACAACUUUGAGUUCCUUCAGUGGUUUAAGAAGUUUUUCGAUGCCAACUACGACGGGAAAGAAUACGACCCUGUGAUGUCACGGCAGGGACAGGAGGCAACACCGCCUCCGCAAGGCCCGAUGAGGACGUCUCCCACAGCACCGAAGAUUGUUCCCACCCCCCAGAGGCAGAUCAAUAUACCACCAGCCCGCAGGAACAACCCCAUGACCCGCAACGGAGGAGACGCGGAGCUCUUAGAGCUCAACCAGCAGCUGCUGGAUCUGAAGCUGACUGUCGACCGACUGGAGAAGGAGAGGGACUUCUACUUUGGAAAGCUGAGAGACAUUGAGCUUCUCUGCCAGGAUAAUGAAAAUGAAAACCCAAUCCUCGGCAAAAUAAUGGAUGUGUUAUACGCUACAGAGGAUGGAUUUGCGCCACCAGAGGACGAAGAAAUUGACGAAGGGGCACAAGGAGACCAGCAGGAGUUCUGAGCUCGUCUCACCAUCAUCCUCCCCCUCUCCCUCCCUCUUUCACUCUUUAACCUACCUGAUAAAGAUUGUCAUAACCCCUCUUGUUUCCCCCCUUUUAUUUAUUUUUUUACAAUCUGCCCUUUACUUCUCCCAUCUUGUCUGCGGCUGUCCAUACCCAUGACAAAUUUGUUGCACAGCCUCGCUUCCCCCAAAACUCUUGCAAGCACUGGACACUUAACCCCGGACCUGUCUGGA